CCCGAACUUUCUAGAAACAACAAAACCGAAAAACCCAACUUCUCAUUUCUCCUCCUCCUCCUCCGCUCCGUCUCUCUCCCGCCUUCUCCUCCUCCUCCUCCUCCUCCUCCUCCUCCUCCUCCCUGUUCAGAUCAACGUCCCUCCUCUCACUUCGCUUCCGUUUGCACGUGCGGCGUCGAGUUUCGUCGUUUGACGGGAGCUUGUUUGGUUGUCGAGAAACUCCUGCUUUCGUUCUGAUUGAGCAAAAUACAAACCGAGGAAUUCAGGAAUCUAUCUGGAGAGUUCCAGAUUUCCAGGGUUCGGAUCUGGAGCCGAACCCCAUGGCGCCAUUGCCGGCAGAACCCGGCGAGUCACCGGCUGGUGGCCUUGAGUCGCAGCGAUCCUUACCUACUCCGUUUCUUACCAAAACCUAUCAACUCGUCGACGAUCCCGUCGUUGAUGACUUGAUUUCCUGGAACGAUGAUGGAUCAACGUUCAUCGUGUGGCGACCCGCAGAAUUCGCCAGAGAUUUGCUUCCUAAGUACUUCAAGCAUAACAACUUUUCAAGUUUCGUUCGCCAGCUUAACACUUAUGGAUUUAGAAAGGUAGUGCCGGAUCGAUGGGAAUUUGCGAAUGAUUGUUUUAGGAGAGGCGAAAAAUGUCUUCUCCGCGAUAUACAGCGUCGGAAGAUAACUCCUCCUGCUCCAGCUGCCGGAACUGUGACGGUGGCAGCUGUGCCGGUGGUUCAAGCGGUAGCGCGUACCGUGUCUCCGUCGAACUCCGGAGACGAGCAGGUCAUCUCCUCAAACUCAUCCCCUGUUGCGGCAACGCUACAACGCACCACGGGCUGCACGACUACGCCGGAGCUCCAAGAGGAGAACGAGAGGCUUCGGAAAGAGAACACGCAGCUGAAUCAAGAGUUAACUCAGUUGAAAGGAUUGUGCAAUAAUAUACUGGCCCUGAUGUCGAAUUACGCAUCGGGUCAGCUAGAGAACACAAAUUCAAAUUUGUCAGAGGGAAAGCCUCUGGAUCUCAUGCCAGCAAAGAGUUCGGCCGGUCCUGCCGAUGACGGUGGUUCACAGGAACCGCCGACGGCGGAGGACGUGACGCCAAAGUUGUUCGGGGUUUCGAUAGGGGUGAAGCGCGUGAGAAGAGAGGAUGAAGAAGAAGGGAAGCAUCAUGCACAGCAGCAGGAUAAUGAGCCCGUUUCAGAGGUGAAACCAGAGCCGUCCGAUGGGAAGUAUGAUAAUCAGGAGAAUACGUGGCUGGAGCUGGGGAAAUGAGAAUAUAUCAAGCCGAAGAUUGUUUGGACGAAGAUGAUGAUCAGGAUGGGCUCCACGUUGGGGGUUGGAUUUCGAGGAAUCACGAGAUUUAAGGCGGACACGUGGCAGGCGAGGUGCGUUUUGUUCUGGUUGCUUCUGGACCUUACUUCGGCUUUUUUGCUUGUAAAAUUCAAAAUUGUAAUCAAUCCAAUCCAAUGCUGGAGGGACGGAAUUGUAAAAGCACAACACAAAAGAUAGAAUCAGAAUCUCUACCUUACCUACACUACACAAAAGCCAACGCCGGUGAAGGGUAAACGACGCCGCAGGGAGAGGCAACAGAAUUGAGUGCAAAAUUGGAAAAAGUCAAAUGACAGGAAAUUUGGGGAAUUGGGUGGUGGGGUUUCAGGUUCCUUAAAUUAAUUAAUUCAGCCCUUUUGUACAAUAUUGGAUGAAUCUAAGCAUUUUCUCUACGGAAUUGCAAAUUGUGUUAGCAUGAGAUUUACAUUUGUUGCAAUUGCAAAAUAAUGAGUCUCUAAUGGAUGUAAGUUGGAGACAAAUCGUCUGUUCUUUCUGCCUGUAGGGAAGAGGGGAGGUCCGAGAAGUGAGUUGGGCUUCUUGAUGCAAUUGUAUUUGUUGGGCUAGAAAUUGAGGGGCCUGAAUAAAUUAAAUAUGCCAUUCAUGUCGCUGAUUUGGGCUAAUUAGCCUGUUGUAGGCCCUAUGGGCCAUAGCUAUUACUUCAACACGAAAUAGAAAAUUGAUUUUUAU